AUAUAUGUGGGAUGUGAGAAUGGAACGUUACGACUGAGUAGAAAGGAACGUAAGGUGAGUGAGUGAAAGGACCGGAAGAGCGAGACAGAAUGAAGGAGACGAAAAAAAGAUGGAAGACUGAUUAGGCGCGUUGCUAUUUAAUAAAAUUUGAAAAAGAGUUAAAAUAAAGCUUCGGUACUUAAACUGUAUCCAAAAGUGUUUGUAAUUGACCACCAAUCCCACAAAUUUUGGGGGCUCGUCCGGGAUUUGGUCAAAAACAGAAAAACGACGGACGACGCAACGACGAAGCACGUGCCCUAACCAACAAGACGAAGACGAAAAUUUUUCAUUUUGUGUUUUUACGACGACAAAACCAAAAUGACCGGCAGAGAAAGGACGACCACGACGACGACCACCACGGAUCCGACGGCUACGUACCUCGACGGGAUGUUGAGUCUGAAUAAAUUCGACGGCGAAGACGACACCUACUCGUCGACAAAAUGGGCCGAGGACAUCGAAGACAACUCUGAAAUAUUCAGUUGGACGCCGCAACAAAAACUUAUUAUAGCCAGAAGAUCACUAUCAGGUACCGCAGCACUGUGGCUAAAGACAGAGAAAGUUUUCAAGACGUUUGAGGAACUGAAGACGGCCCUCCAAAAGGAAUUCCCCGACAGCAUUAACACCAAAGAAAUGCAUGAGUUAAUGUCAGCUCGUAAGAAGCAGCCCAGUGAGACCUAUCACCAGUACAUGCUCGUCAUGAAAGAAAUGGGUAAGAGAGCAAAGUUCCCUGAUUAUGUAUCAAUACAAUACAUAAUAGAAGGCAUCAAGGACGCGGAGGUGAAUAAAACAAUCUUGUACGGCUCUACGACGUAUCCUGUCCUGAAAGAAAAACUUAAACUAUACGAGCAGAUGAAGGAAAAGGCGGCAACAGCGGCAGCAUCUUCAAGAGAGACGACGACGAGCGAGCGGACAAGGAGGCAGCCUGCAGCAGUCCAGCCAUCCCAGAGAAGUCCUGCUAUAAGAUGCUUCAACUGUGGAGAAAUGAACCAUGCAUCGCGAGAGUGUCCAUAUAAGAAUCGUGGCAUGAAGUGCUUCAAGUGCAAUGAGUUCGGCCAUAUUUCGUCGGCGUGCGGUCAUUCAACAUGGCAUCAAACUCAACCGAACUUCCGGCGGCGGGAAUCACAAUUUCCAGCGCAAGUUGGUCAAGUUGGCAGCACUGGAGGCGAGAGACCCGAGCGACAUCUGGCGGCGUCACAGGACAUACGGAAACGCGCCAUGUUUACGAAGGAAGCGGACAUGACAUUGACAGAUUUGACAGAUGAAGACCAAAGACUACAAUUUCAAGACGUAAACAAACAAGCAUGGAAGUCGAACGACAACAAACCGACGAAAAAGUUGAAAAUAAACGAUGAAUGGUUCGAAGUAUUAAUCGACACGGGUGCAGAAGUAAAUCUCAUGACGGAAGACGCAUACAAGAAGAUAGGAAGCCCUGAAUUAACCUGCGAAAAGUUAUUGUUGUGUGGACUUGGACUUGUAAACAUUCAAAGUCGUGGAAAAGUUUUAAUCAAUGUUUCUAUGGAUGGACAGUAUUAUAGUGUUACUUUUCAUGUUAUGCCGAAUGAAAGUAUGCCGUAUGAUGUGAUAAUUGGGCAAGAGUUUUUGAAAGAUGUGACUUUGGUGAUGAAUGAGGGAAGUGUGUUUUUCUGUUCGAAAGGAGAAGAAUGGUUGGGUAAAAUAAUGUGUGUUUCUCCUGUUAUAGAUACAAUUGGCUGCCAUGAGUAUGAACAAGAGUUGUUGGACAUAGUGGACCAGUAUAACCCUAAACAAAUCAAGGAUGUGCCACUACAUCUUAAAAUUGUUUUGAAGGAUGACAUUCCAGUGACUCAACGACCAAGGAGAUUGUCAUUGGCCGAGCAGAAACUAGUGGAACAACAGGUAACAGAAUGGUUACAAGACGGUAUCAUUCAGCUUCUGAUGAGAAAGAGGGUAUCGAAAGACUUAAAGAAGUACUAGCUGUAGCCGAGGAGUAUGGACUCCAAAUCAACUGGAAGAAGGCAAAGCUGUUAUGCCGUGAAGUGGAGUAUCUCGGUC